GUUAUCAAGACACAUCGAUGUCUCGAAACAAAACUACAGCCAUCGUGGUGCAAAGCUUUUCGAAGAUAACGAGCAAGCCUUUUGUCCCCACUCUACUCUAUCUCCUCUUCUUUUGUGGCUACUCUCUCAACCUUCUCCUCCAUGAAAGAAGAAGACGACUCGCUCACAAACCUCUCAAAAAACCAACCUCUUUCUCUCUCCUCUCUCUCUCUAUAAUGGAGGAACACUUCAACCCUGAAACGACCAUUAUUCGUAAGUCAUCACCACCACCAUCACUGAGCUUGGAGCUUGGGCUUGAGCAACCUUAUGAUUUAGAGCCAAGAGUUUUCCCCUGCAACUACUGCCACAGAAAGUUUUACAGCUCUCAAGCCCUGGGAGGCCACCAAAACGCUCAUAAAUUGGAGAGAAGCCUAGUAAAGCGAGCCCAACGAUCGAGUUCUGCGCUUGGUGGCUCGGGUGAUUCGGGUUCGAGUGGGCUCGGGCUCGGCCUGCGGCCCCAUUCCAUGGCUCAAGAGGUGUCAGGCUCGAGGAAUUGGCCCCAGAGGAUCGAACCCACUGGCUCGAGGCAUGCGAGUGUUGGGACGUUGGAAGAGGGGUUUGGAGUCGAUGGGAGGAGAGAAAAAGUGGGUUUUGGCUCAAGCGAAGGUGAGAGGUCGUGGAGAAAUGGAGGUGGGACGAGGGAGGAUGUGCCCAAGCUUGACUUGUCACUUAGGCUUUAGAUGCUCUGUUCAAUUUUUUUUGGUUUCUCUCUCUCUCUACCCUUUAUGAGAGGUGUAAUAAUACAGUCCCUCUCUCUCUCUACUAAAUAGUACGGCCAC